GAAAACUUUUGUAAAACCAUCAACAGCGGCUUUUUUUGUCUGUUAUUGUAUUGCCUUAUAUCCUCAACUUCGCACCUAAGAUCCUAGAAUCUCUUCAACUCUUCUUUUAUACCCUUCAUUUACAGAUCUCCCUUUGAAAAUCCUUCAACAUGGUGGGGUUAGGUCCAAGAAAGCCUCCUUCCCGUAAGGGUUCUAUGGCUGAUGUCCCCAAAAAUUACUUGGAACAAAUCAAGAAGCUUGAGCAACAGUUCACUGUUGACACCCAAAAACUCAAGGAGAUCACUGAACACUUCGUCUCCGAGCUUACAAAAGGUCUCACUGUAGAGGGUGGAAGUAUUCCAAUGAACCCAACUUGGUGUAUGGCAUUUCCAGAUGGUUAUGAAACCGGUACAUUCCUCGCCUUGGACAUGGGAGGUACCAACUUGCGUGUCUGUGAAAUUAUCUUGACUGAUGAGAAGUCCGAGUUUGAUAUUAUCCAAUCAAAAUACCGCAUGCCAGAAGAGCUCAAGACUGGCGAAGCAGAUGAACUUUGGGAAUACAUUGCCGAUUGUCUUCAACAAUUCAUUGAAUCCCACCAUCAUGGCGAGGAUCUUGGAACGUUGAGUCUUGGUUUCACCUUCUCCUACCCAGCUACUCAAAACUAUAUCGAUGAGGGUAUCUUGCAAAGAUGGACCAAGGGCUUCGAUAUUGCAGGUGUCGAAGGUGAAAACAUUGUUCCAAUGUUUGAGGCAGCUCUUGCUAAGAGAGGCGUUCCAAUUAAGCUUACAGCUUUGAUCAAUGAUACCACUGGUACCUUGAUUGCUUCCGCAUAUACUGACACAGCCAUGAAGAUUGGUUGUAUUUUCGGAACUGGUUGCAAUGCUGCGUACAUGGAAAACUGCGGCUCUAUUCCAAAAUUGGCACACAUGAACUUACCUCCUGACACUCCAAUGGCAAUCAACUGCGAGUGGGGUGCUUUCGAUAAUGAGCACAAAGUUCUCCCCCGUACUCCAUACGAUAUCAUUAUUGAUAAAGAUUCUCCACGUCCUGGUCAGCAAGCAUUUGAGAAGAUGAUUGCUGGUCUUUACCUUGGAGAACUUUUCAGAUUGGUUCUUGUCGAUCUUCAUGACAACAAAGAUAUCCACAUGUUUGAGGGUCAAGAUAUUGAAAAACUCCGAAAGGCUUACACCUUGGACUCUUCAUUCUUGUCAUUGGUUGAGGAGGACCCUUGGGAGAACUUGUCAGAAACUGCUGAUCUUUUCCAAAACAAGCUCAGCAUCAGAGCCACUGUUCCAGAACUCGAGCUCAUCCGUCGCCUUGCUGAGUUGAUCGGUACCCGUGCCGCCCGCCUCUCCGCAUGUGGUGUCGCCGCCAUUGCCAAGAAAAAGAACUACGAGACUUGCCACGUCGGAGCUGACGGAUCUGUCUUCAACAAAUACCCUCACUUCAAGGCUCGUGGUGCCGCCGCACUCCGUGAAAUUCUUGAUUGGCCUGCAAAGAAGAAUGCUAAGGAGGCUGAUCCCAUUGAAAUCUUGGCUGCUGAGGAUGGAUCUGGUGUCGGUGCAGCUUUGAUUGCUGCUUUGACCCUCAAGCGUGUCAAGGCAGGUAACAUGGCUGGUAUUUUGCACCCAGAGAACUUCAGAUAG